CAGCGCCCCUCCCUCUCCACCCCCAUACCCCGUCGGCGACCGGGCCUCGUCCCCUUCUCUCUGUCUUCUUCUACCCCAUCACUUCCCCAGACACUGGCACCCCAUUACUCCAGUUUCCCCGGUUUCAGCUUUGGUCUCCAGCCCCAGACACCCGAGGAUUUGCCUGAAGGCCACCUCCAACUCUGCACCUGCCCACUGAGGGCCACCAAGGACCAUGACUAAGACAGAUCCCGCCCCGAUGGCCCCGCCGCUCAGGGCGGAGGGAGAAGAGGAGGAGGAGGAGGACGAGCCUGUCCCAGAGCCCCCCAGCCCCACCCAGGAGCGCCGGCAGAAGCCUGUUGUGCACCCCUCGGCACCUGCCCCCCUCCCCAAGGACUACGCCUUCACCUUCUUCGACCCCAACGACCCUGCCUGCCAGGAGAUUCUGUUUGACCCGCAGACCACCAUCCCUGAGCUGUUCGCCAUUGUGCGCCAGUGGGUGCCCCAAGUCCAGCACAAGAUUGAUGUCAUUGGCAAUGAGAUUCUGCGUCGAGGCUGCCACGUGAAUGAUCGUGAUGGGCUGACCGACAUGACACUGCUCCAUUAUGCGUGCAAGGCGGGGGCCCACGGAGUAGGGGACCCCGCGGCGGCUGUACGCCUCUCGCAGCAGCUUCUGGCACUGGGCGCAGACGUGACCCUGCGCAGCCGCUGGACCAACAUGAACGCGCUUCACUACGCGGCCUAUUUUGACGUGCCGGAUCUCGUGCGCGUGCUACUGAAGGGUGCACGGCCCCGAGUGGUGAACUCCACGUGCAGUGACUUCAACCAUGGCUCAGCCCUGCACAUCGCUGCCUCCAACCUGUGCCUGGGCGCGGCCAAAUGUUUGCUGGAACACGGUGCCAACCCGGCGCUUCGGAACCGAAAGGGACAGGUGCCAGCGGAGGUGGUCCCAGACCCCAUGGACAUGUCCCUGGACAAGGCAGAGGCGGCGUUGGUGGCCAAGGAGCUGCGGACGCUACUGGAGGAGGCUGUGCCGCUCUCCUGCGCCCUCCCCAAGGUUACGCUACCCAACUAUGACAACGUCCCAGGCAAUCUCAUGCUCAGUGCACUGGGCCUGCGCCUGGGAGACCGCGUGCUACUGGAUGGCCAGAAGACGGGCACACUGCGGUUCUGCGGUACCACGGAGUUCGCCAGCGGCCAGUGGGUGGGCGUGGAACUGGAUGAACCUGAGGGCAAGAAUGAUGGCAGUGUUGGGGGUGUCCGGUACUUCAUCUGCCCUCCCAAGCAGGGUCUCUUUGCCUCUGUGUCCAAGAUCUCCAAGGCAGUGGAUGCACCUCCCUCAUCUGUCACCUCCACACCGCGGACUCCCCGGAUGGACUUCUCCCGUGUCACAGGCAAAGGCCGCAGGGAACACAAAGGUAAGAAGAAGCCCUCAUCAUCCCCAUCUCUGGGCAGCCUGCAGCAGCGUGAAGGAGCUAAGGCUGAGGUUGGAGACCAAGUCCUCGUCGCAGGCCAGAAGCAAGGGAUCGUGCGUUUCUAUGGGAAGACAGACUUUGCCCCAGGUUACUGGUACGGCAUAGAGCUAGACCAGCCCACCGGCAAACACGAUGGCUCUGUCUUUGGUGUCCGGUACUUCACCUGCCCCCCACGGCAUGGAGUCUUUGCACCAGCAUCUCGAAUUCAGAGGAUUGGUGGAUCCACUGACCCCCCUGGGGAUAAUGUCGGAGCCAAAAAAGUACAUCAAGUGACAAUGACGCAGCCCAAACGCACCUUCACAACAGUCCGGACCCCAAAGGACAUCGCAUCAGAGAACUCCAUCUCCAGGUUGCUCUUCUGUUGCUGGUUUCCCUGGAUGCUGAGGGCGGAGAUGCAGUCUUAGAGGCUCUGGACAUCUGAGAGAGACACAGAGCCUCCUCUAGCAUCUCCUGACACAAGGAGCCCCCGAGUCACCCUGAGAUAGAGAUUCCCAGUAACACAUACAGAAUAGAGACCCCCAUUAGCCAGCCCUCGAUCACUGAGGCCCCAUUAUUAACAGACUCCCUCAUGAUAACCCCCCAAAUACAGACCCUAUGUUACCCAGAAAGAGAUUCCCUAAGUGUAGUACCUUCAGGCUAGUCCCAACCCCUCAGAGGAGACUCCCACAAUAACAGAUUUCCACAUCACCCCAAAUGACGGUGACUUUCUCUACAUAAUGCUCCACAGCAGAACAUUCCUGAGUCACUAGUCACUGGAUCAGAACCCUCCCCUGUUAACAAAGACCCCCCCCUCCACCAUCAAGUCCCCUUGAAAGAAACACCUCCAAAGCAAGAGUAACAAACCCACAUUUAAUAUCAGUCCCCUCAAGAUGUUGUGACCUCCGUGGUCACCCCAAACCCCCUACACUGCAAUCAGAGACUCCCUCCAUUAACGAACUCCCCUGCUCUUACCCCUCAAGAAGAGACUCACAUUAACCAGCCCACUGUCACCCCCAAUUUACAGAUACCAAAACAGUACUGGAAGUGCUAAUUACAGGACCCCCAAGUCUUCCUAUCCUCUGCACCCUCAAGGAACCCCCAGUGCCUUGUACGAAGCCCACCCCAUGCGGCCCACAGCACCUGUGCUGGCCAGGCUCCCAGAAAAUUCUCUAUUUUUAAAGUAAUUAUUUCCCCCUUUGGGGGGACCCCAAAAUUUGGAGGUCCCAUUCUGGGACUCUGAGGAUCCCAAACCCCAGAGUACAUGUCCUAAACUCCCCUGUGCCCCCAAGUCCUAGAGCCCCUAGGAGACCCCAAAGCCCUAACUCCCAGGAUCCCCAAAUCAUGGAAUCCCCAAAUCCCCAGGGAAUCCCAAAUUAAAAAAAUCCAAUCCCAAGCCCCCAGGAAACCUCAAUCAUGGAGGUUCUUGUGCCUGGGAUGGAGGAGAUAUGCAUCCUGGGCCCCCAGGGCACCUCAAGCCCUAUUCAUAGGCACCAGAAACCCCAAACAGGAAUUCUCAUCCCUGGAAACCAGAGGACUUCAAUGCCCUGAGCCCAUGGAUCUCAAGACACCCAAAUUCCAAGAGCCCCAGCCCCAAGGGAACCCCAAAUCCUCAAGCCUCCAUCUCAUACAUGAGGGACAUCAAGGCCUUGAGGGGAUCCCAAAUCCUGGAGUCCCCAUUUCAAUCUACAUUCUGGUCACAGGUCCAAAACACCAAAUCUAAGUUACUGGCCCUGAAGGACCUCAGACCACCCUGGCCAGACUAACAGCCCGACGGAGACCCUGAAGGCCCAGGGGUCCAGGGCAGACCUGGGGCCCUGAAAACCAAGGACAGCUCACGACUGCCCCUUCACUGCAUGUCCCCAAACUCAGCAUGACCCCUACCCCCUUCAAUAAAGACGUUUCUACGGC